UGUGGAGAGGGAAGACCAUCGCCCCACCCCGCUCUGCAAUCCUCUGUCCCGCAGGCGCAGGGCGUUAGAGCCUCGGGCUCAGGCCCUCACUCCCGAUGACCCUGGUAGCCAGCGCGGCAGGUGCAUCCCGAGGCAGCGCGUGGAUGUUGAUCUCCAGAGUGGCACCCGUGACAGCUGUGACAUCAUCCCAGGCUUCCAGCCCUGUGUUUGAUCUGAUGUGAAGAUGGCCGCCAGGGUGAUCUGGGGGAGCCUUGGUCUGCUUCGAGUCAUGUGGUGUCUCCUUCCCCAGACUGGCUACAUACACCCAGAUGAGUUCUUCCAGUCACCUGAGGUCAUGGCAGAGGACAUCCUGGGUGUGCAGGCUUCACGGCCCUGGGAAUUUUACCCCAGCAGCUCCUGCCGUACUGUGGUCUUCCCACUGCUGACCUCUGGCUCUACCUUCUGGUUGCUCAGGUUCUGGGAAGAGCUGGGGCUCUGGCCCGGUCUGGUGAGUGGCUACGUGCUGCUGGUGGGGCCCCGACUCCUCCUCACUACCCUCUCCUUUGCCCUGGACUGGGCUGUGUACUACCUGGCCCCGCUGUGGGGGGCAGAUCGCUGGAAUGCUAUGUGCCUGCUGUCUGGGUCCUAUGUCACCCUGGUUUUCUACACAAGGACCUUCUCCAACACCAUCGAGGGACUGCUCUUCACAUGGCUGCUGGUGCUGGUGUCCCCUUACGUGGCAUGGAAUCCCAUAUCAGAGACGCCUACUCCAGGCCCAUGGUGCCAUACCUGCCUUCUUGGUGCUGUCAUGGCUGCCGGCUUCUUCAAUCGGCCAACCUUUCUAGCCUUUGCUCUGGUCCCCCUCUCUCUCUGGGGCAUCCACAGAACCUUGAAACCUAGCAUCACGGCCUUGAUCCAGGAGGCCCUGGUGCUGUUACCAGGGGCUGCUCUUGCUGCAAUGCUGUUUAUAACCAUGGACAGCUGGUACUUCUCCAGCCUCUCCAGAUCCAGCUGUCUUGUUCUCACACCUCUCAACUUCUUGUACUACAACCUGGACCCCCAAAACCUCGCAAGGCAUGGCACACAUGCACGGCUCACUCACUUGGCAGUCAAUGGCUUCCUGCUCUUCGGGGUAUUGCAUGCUCAAGCCCUGCAGGCUGCAUGGCAACAACUCCACAGCUGCUUCCGUGUGUUUGCGCAAACGGGCUUCUUGGGGAUGCUGGGUGCCCGUGGCCUACUGUCUAGCUCCAAGUCUCAUCUCCUUCUCCUCUACUUCACACCCCUUGUCCUGCUAUCUGCCUUUAGCCACCAAGAGCCUAGAUUCCUGAUUCCCCUCAUAGUCCCUCUAGUCCUGCUUUGCAGUCCACAAACCCAGCCUAUACCCUGGAAGGGCACCCUGGUCCUCUUCAAUGCCCUAGGUGCUCUCAUCUUUGGCUGCCUGCAUCAGGGAGGCUUGGUACCUGGCCUGAAGUAUCUGGAACACGUAGUCCACGCACCCGUCCUCCCGGGCACGACCACACACUACAUGCUUCUCUUCACUCACACCUACAUGCCUCCCCAGCACCUCCUGCACCUCUCAGGCCUGCCAUCGCCUGUGGAGGUGGUGGACAUGGGCGGGGCUGAGGACUGGCUCCUGUGCCAAGCCCUGAACAACUUCAGCAGACAACCAGCCUGCCGACUGGCCGGUGGGCAACAGCUCUGCCGCCUCUUUGUAGUAACUCCAGGGACCAACAGGCAUGCUCUGGAGAAGUGCGGUCUUCCUCUCAAGAAUGAGACCCUCCUGUUUCCCCACUUGACCCUGGAGGACCCUCCAGCCCUGUCCUCCUUACUCAGCCAGGCUUGGAGGGCCCACCUUAGUCUUCACAUCAUAGAGCUGGAAGAUGGCCUGUCAUGACAAAGCAGCCAUGACCCAAGAUUCAGCCACAGAAGGAAGGUGCCACCCCAUCUUCUACACAGGCUGCUGGGCUGGGACACCGGAACAGACUCCCACUGCUGGCUCUUCUGGGCACAGAGACAGGUUGUUCCUCUAGGUGAGACACCAAAGAUCUGACCAGUCAUGGUCCCAAUGCCAAGGUCCCCAAAGAAACCUAGCAUACCCACUGGCAUGUGCCUGUUUCUACGCCAUUACUUCCGAUUGCUGUAAUGUCUA